UCCACCUUUUUUUGAAAAUAAGUUAUUUUUGUGAUGCCAGUAGUAUAUUUUUAUAACAUUACCACCUUUAAAUACACUCUUUAAUGACAAAUAAUGUGAUUUUGAGAGAUUCUCAUAUCAUGCUAUUCCUGCUUUUACUAAUAAUUGUCCUUUUUGUCCAUCUGUAGGACAGGGAGAAGCCCACAGGUGUCACAGCUCCAGCGUCCUCAUGUCUCUGUUCUGGGCCUCAGGAGAUCAUGGGAGGGAUAAAGCAGGGCGGAGGAGGGUGAGAUGGAAGAGGAGCAGAAGGACGAUGGACGAGGACGACGCGCUCCCGUCCCUGAUGCAGCUUUGUCUUUUUAGCCUCGCGGACAACAUGAAGGAGGUGUGGAUGAAAGACAGCGCUGACUCGUAUUCAUUCAGGCACGUCAUGGGGCCUUUCAACUUGCUGCCAGGAGACCUGGUGGAGGACCUCACGUGUCUGCUGUCCAACAGGAAGCAGUUAUCCCGAGCAGCGCUUCACUUCCUGCUGGUCCCACAACUCCAUAACCUGUCACUGGAGAGGUGUCCAGGUCUGGUGACCUCUGCCAUCUGUGCCCACAUUGCUGCACGUUGCCAGGGUCUGUGGAGUCUGGAUCUGUCUGGGGCUCAGCAGCUGCCUUCAAAAGUGCUGUCUGCAACUCUCUGCUGUCUCCCUGCCCUCCGCUCGCUCUCUCUGGCUGGUACGCCUUGUGACAGAUGCGUGAUCAGGACGAUUACCCACCACUGUCCUUUGCUGCGUCACCUGGAUGUGUCCCGCUGUCAUUUCCUCUCCCCUGCUUCCCUACUUGCUCUUGUAGGUGGGCCUUUCUGUUUGAGUUCUUCUGGCUCAUCGUUUUGCAGCACCUCUACAUCUCAACCUCCUGUUGCCUCUUCCUUCUGUCCCUCCUCUCUCUCCUCUUCCUCGUUUGCAUCCCCGUCUCCUGUUCCUCUCACCAGUUUACUGGCUCUUGAUAUUGGGUUUGGGGAACAGAAGGAGGAACCUGCAGCAGCAGCAGCCUACCUACUCCUCUCUCUGCCUGGCCUGAAAACAGUGGCCAUGGAGGGCGUGGCACAGGCCUGUCGGCUCAUUGAGCACAGAGAGUUCAGCCAGACAGAUGAGUUCAGCAUCAGAGAAGGAGUUCCAAGGCUGGUGGAGGUGUGGAGCAAGAGGAGGCACAGGCAGGAUAGGUGGAUGGAGAAGAGAGAAGGAGGAACAGCAGCAGCAGGGAAUGAGGAAUAUGAGGAAGAGAAGAUCUUGUGGGAAGGAUACUGUGAGGACAGCGAUGAAGAUGUAAGUGGAGAAGAAGGGCCAAGUUGCACUGGAAACCAAGUGGAGGAGAAAAGGAAAGGGAGGGUUUCAUCGCAGUCUGGUGAUGAACAGCUAAUCCUGCAGCUAAAGAACGUCAAGGGCGUGACUUGUGACUUACUGGACAGUUUAGGUAAUUUGUGUCCACACAUCUGCUCCAUAUCUGUGAACGUGGAUCAUAAAACAGACACUGUAGCAAGAAACCAGGUGUCUGUGUUGGCUGCAGGCCUCCAGACCUGGCCAGGUCAGCUGCAGAGCCUGUCUCUGCUCUACCCAGGCCCUCUAGAGGAUCUGCCUCCUGCAUUGCGGGUGACAGGCUCCUCCCUGGUGUCCCUCACUCUGGAUGGAGUGAAAACCAGUCCUCACUGCCCUCUACUGGAGGUCAUGGAGGCCUGUCCCAGACUCAGAGAACUGCUCAUUUUUGCAGAGCCUCCCUCUAAACCUCCUGCCGUCCAACAGGAGGAUGUGGUGGGUCAGUGGGUCAGUCUGGGUCGACCACAGCUGCCCAACCUUUGCUCUCUUUCAAUCAAUUUCUCCCUCUGCCACAGUCAGAUAAUGCCUGUCAUGUCCUGGCUGUCCCUGAGAAAGGUGCUGAAGUGUCUCCUGGUUGGUUCUCCAUUACUGGAGAGGCUCUCGCUGGUGUCACUCCCAUGUCCUCUGAACUGCCUCUUGGAGGAUCUUCUGGCAGUGGAUAACUUCCACGUGUCUGGCUCGGUCUGGUUUGCAGACCUGUGUGUCUACGCAAACUUGCCACUGAGGCAUGUGCGGCACGUUGACCUGACAUGGACAGACGUGAAGGCGGUCAUGGUGGAAACGUUAGUGCGGCGCUGCAGGAGACUCAAGCUUGUAGAUGUGAGUCACUGCUGGGAAAUCAGUCUGGAUGAUUUGGUGACGUGCAAGAGUUUGAGUGACGUCAAAGUUGUCUGGGUCAAGUGAAGAGAAGCAACAAUAAGUGGAAUAAGUGCAACAAUAUGUGUGUAUACACACACACACGUAUAUAUAUGUAUAUAUAUAUGCACUCUUGAAGAUACAAUGACGUGGUUGACUGAAAACUUACACAAACUUUAUUAUUGACUAGAUAAAUGUGAUAGUACCAAACACUCAUUUGAGAAAGCCUCCUUUUUUAAAUUGUAUUUUUUGUUGUUCCUUAUGAAAAUGUUUGUAGGGUGAGAAAUUGUGCUUUUGAUUGUUUUUGUUUUUUAAUAGAGCCUGCUUGUGAACGGUGAUACAUGGUUUGGAAUAAAAUACUUUGUAUUUAAUAUUUUAAUCACGUUCGGCUGUUUCUGGUACACCGUGAUGCCAUGUUUGU